AUGCCGAGCACACACCCCCAAGAUGCAGCGUACGCGGCUGCACUCGAAUCGCCAGAAACCUUCUGGUCUCACGAAGCCGAGAAACUGAGCUGGGCCGUACCUCCGAAGACCAUCAUCGAGCGCACCACGAAAACUUUACAAUCUGGCACCAAACACCAACACUGGAGAUGGUUUCCAGACGGCGAGAUUUCAACCUCCUACAACUGCGUCGACCGACACGUCGAUGCUGGAAAUGGACAGCGUACGGCAAUCAUAUGGGACUCGCCUGUGACAGGUACUCAAGAGAAGAUCAGCUAUGCCCAGCUCGCAGAAGAGGUCGCGACACUUGCUGGUGUGUUGCGUGAAGAGGGGGUAAAGAAGGGAGAUGUGGUCCUGAUCUACAUGCCUCAAAUACCUGCCGCCCUCGUCGGUAUUCUUGCCACUGCACGACUUGGUGCUAUCCAUGCUGUUGUCUUUGGUGGAUUCUCUGCACCGAGUCUGGCACAGCGCAUUGAUGCUUCCAAGCCUCGAGUGGUCCUAACUGCCAGUUGUGGCAUUGAAGAGGACGGCGAGCGCAACUGGCAACGACUCGUCAAGAGCGCGAAGAACCGUGGCUUGAAGGCAGAGAAUGUCCCAGUCAAGAGCAACGAUGGUUUAUACAUCAUAUACACCAGUGGCACUACAGGAGCACCAAAAGGAGUACUUCGCGAAGCCGGUGGUCAUGCUGUCGGCUUGAACUACAGUAUGCGCUACCUUUUCGGCAUCCAGGCUGGCGAUGUCAUGUUCUGCGCAUCCGACAUUGGUUGGGUGGUUGGUCACUCCUUCAUCUGCUAUGCUCCACUAUUAGCAGGUGCGACCACGGUCCUGUUUGAGGGCAAGCCUAUCGGUACACCAGACGCUGGCACUUUCUGGAGAUGUAUCGAACAGCACAAGGUAAAUGUCAUGUUCACCGCACCAACAGCCCUGCGAGCCAUCCGCCGUGAAGACGGACAGCACAAGUUCUUCAUUGAAAGAGGCGAGAGAAACGGACUCAAGUCACUGCGAGCGCUGUUCUUGGCUGGCGAACGCAGUGAACCAGCUGUUGUCAAUGACUACACCAAAUUGCUUCAAAAGUAUGGCGCCCCUGGAGCUGCAGUCGUGGAUAAUUGGUGGUCUUCCGAAUCAGGGUCACCGAUGACCGGACUGGCACAGCUACCAUGUUCGUGGCAUAACGGUGGCAGUGAUAAGGAGAUCAGACCUCUGGAGACAAGACCAGGUAGUGCUGGAAAGCCGAUGCCUGGAUUCGACAUCAGGGUUGUAGACGAUGACGGCAAUGAAGUGUCACGAGGAAAGACUGGCAACAUCGUUCUCGGCAUGCCUCUGGCACCUACCGGUUUCACGACACUUUGGAAGGACGAGAAGCGUUUCUACAAUGGUUACAUGCUGCGCUUCGAAGGCAAGUGGCUCGACACAGGUGACGCCGGUAUCAUCGACAAAGAUGGCUAUGUUCAUAUUCACGGUCGCAGCGACGACAUGAUCAAUGUUGCUGCACACAGGUUGAGCACUGCGCCAGAUUCUCUCAAAGGACAUGUACCAUUCGCAUUCGUCGCCCUUUCACCCUCAGCGGGAGAUAUCCCAGAAGGCGAAUUGCUCUCUGCCAUCAACUCACGCGUCAGGGCAGCCGUUGGCCCCAUCGCUACUCUUGGAGGUGUAAUCAUAGCACAGGGCGUCAUACCUCGCACAAGAAGUGGAAAGACGCUCCGCAGAGUAUUGAAGCAAAUGGUAGAAGACGCAAGCGAAGGCAACUUUGACAAGAAGGCAGAAGUCCCAGCGACGAUUGAAGAUGUGGAAGUGGUCGAGAGAGCGAGAAAGGCCAUCAAGAUUUACUUUACCAGGAAGAGCAAGCUGUAG